AUGUCUCAAAGUGCACGACAUCCAAAUCGAGUGCCGUCUGCGCCAACCAUCUUCUAUGGACUCAAGGGCCAUCUCCUUGACUUUCCUACUGCUUUGUCUAAGUUGGUGCUGCAAUUAUGCUCCCCAGGUCUAACUCUUCAAGUGUUGCAGCCUUCUCUUGUCCCAAUUGGCUUAACGUGUAAGGCUCUGAUGGAAUGGCGUCUUGAGUACGCUUCUGAACUGGUUACUAACACUUUGUCUAUGUUGGUGCUGCAUUUAUGCUCUCAAGGUCUGUGUUUUAAUGUGGUGCAGCCUUCUCUUAACUUUGCUAUGACUUUUUAUAAGGCGGUGCCACGACGUUUUUUUCGAGUGCUCCAGGAUCUCCCCUCGAAUUGGGUUCCUUCUGUGUGUAGACAGAGGUACGAGGUGGUUAAUGCUGUUAUCCAGCUUUCCCGGAGUCAUGCUCAUACGGAUUGGUGGGAUGCAAUGGUUUUGGAUCUUAGAGUGCUGUUGGGAUGGGCUUCUAUGUUUGGUCUGAUGCUUUAUAAUGAGGUGGCAGUUAUCGCAUGCCUUCUGGAUGUUGUCAGUAGCGUCAUACCAUUUUAUAUUGUCUGGUAUCGUCCUGUAACAGUUCCAAGCAGUCCUAUGGUGGAGAAGAUUCCUCUAUCAUUUCAAUCGGAGGAUAAUUAUCUUGGUUCAUAUGUUUUUCCUUUACUGGAAGAAACACGAGCAGAACUGGCUUCCAGUAUGGAAAUUCUAUACAGAGCACCUUUUGCAGAAGUGAUCUCUUUUAACGAGUGUAAGCUCCAUGGAAAAUUAUUAUACGAUGUCAAGUUCUCAUAUGUUCUAUCUCAUGUUGAGGAAACAUGUGAUUGUUGUUAUGGACAUAACAAUAGCCAAUUAGCUGAAAGAUUCAGUACAAGACUUUUGUCUAAGCUGAAUGAAUCUCAAACUGAGGCAAUCAUGGAUUCUCUCCAUAAAAUGGAAUGUAGACACAAGACUUCUGUGAAACUUAUAUGGGGUCCGUCUGGAACAGGGAAAACUAUGACUGUCAGUAUGAUGCUGUUUAGCCUCCUAAAACUGAACCACAGGAUCCUUACUUGUGCCCCAACAAAUGUAGCAAUAAAGGAAGUAGCCUCUCGGGUGCUAAAGAUGGUUAAAGAAUCAUUUAAAGCUGAUUCUGCAAGGGAUUCUUUGUUUUGUUCAUUGGGGGAUAUUUUAUUAUUUGGGAAUGAGGACCAGCUGAAAAUUGGAUCAGAAAUUGAGGAGAUCUAUCUGGAAUAUCUUGUUAAAAGACUUGUAGAGUGCUUAGGACCAUUGACCGGUUGGAAGCAUUGUUUAAAUUCCAUGAUAGAUUUUCUUGAAGAUUGUGUUUCUCACUACCAAAUUUUUGUUGAAAAUGAAUUGUUCAUGGCAAAAGAACUCUGCGAAGACGGUGAACCUACCGAGGUGGAAUUCAAAUCAUUUCUUGAGUUUGCAAGAGACCGAUUCAAAUCUACUGCAUUACCACUCAGGAGAUGUUUAUUUAAAUUCUGUACCAAUUUACCAAAGCGUUACAUUCUGGAACAUAAUUUUCAAAACAUGGUAUCUCUUAUUAAUUUACUUGAUUCGUUGGAAAUGUUGUUGUUUCAAGAAAAUGUGGUUUCUGAAGAAUUGGAGGAGCUUCUUUCACGUCAGGAAACAGUUGAAGACACUUCUGAGGCUCUUGUGGAUACGUCCUUACUGCUGCUGUGCAUGAGACGAAGCAAGUGUCUUUCUGUUUUGAGAACUCUUCGGCUUUCUCUGGAGAAACUUAACCUUCCAAGUGUUAUGAACAUAGAUUCAAUAAUGGAAUUUUGUUUUCAAAGAGCUUCCUUAAUUUUCUGCACUGCUUCCAUUUCAUAUAUGCUUCAUUGGGUGGAAAUGGAACCACUGAACUUGCUUGUUAUUGACGAAGCUGCCCAGUUGAAGGAGUGUGAAUCAACCAUACCCCUUCAACUUCCGGGUAUUAGGCAUGCUAUUCUCAUUGGUGAUGAACGCCAGUUACCAGCAAUGGUCAAGAGUGAAGUUUCUGGUAAUGCUGGUUUUGGAAGAAGCUUAUUUGAAAGAUUGAGUUCAUCCAGUCAUCCUAAGCAUCUGCUUAAUAUACAAUAUAGAAUGCAUCCGAAAAUUAGUUUCUUCCCUAAUUUAAAAUUUUAUCACAAAUCUAUCUUGGAUGCACCAAAUGUUAACAGUAGAAGUUAUGAGAGACACUAUCUUCCAGGUCCAAUGUUUGGUCCUUACUCUUUCAUAAAUGUUAUUGGCGGAAAAGAAGAACUGGAUGAUGCUGGACAUAGCCGGAGAAAUAUGGUUGAGGUAGCUAUUAUUUUGAAGAUAGUGCAGGAUCUGUACAAAGCUUGGAUUAAUGGCUCUAAAAAGAAUCUUAGCAUUGGUGUGGUGUCUCCCUGUGCUGCCCAAGUUGUGGCAAUUCAAGAAAAACUUGGACGGAAGUAUGAGAACCUUGCUGGUUUCAUGGUGAAGGUGAAGUCUAUUGAUGGGUUCCAAGGUGGAGAGGAAGAUAUCAUGAUAAUAUCUACUGUAAGAACUAAUAGUAGAGGAUUCAUCGGGUUCAUAUCCAGUCCUCAAAGAACUAACAUUGCUUUGACUAGAGCUCGGCACUGUCUUUGGGUUCUUGGAAAUGAGAAAACCCUAUCCAACAGUGGAUCAGUAUGGGCAGAGUUAGUCCAAGAUGCUAAGGAUCGUCAAUGUUUCUUCAAUGCCGACGAAGACAGUGAUAUAGCCAAAACAAUAUUAGAUGUGAAGAAAAACCUUGAUCAACUUGAUGAUUUGCUUAAUGGGGCCAGUACACUUUUCAAAAGUGCAAGGUGGAAGGUUCUUUUCAGUGAUCAAUUUAGAAAGUCAUUUGGAAAAUUGAUGUCUGUCCAUUCAAAGAAGUCUGUUUUGAACCUUUUACUUAAGCUAUCUAGUGGUUGGCGACCUAAGAAAAGGAGUGUGGACUCAGUUUGUGAAAGCUCUUCACAGAGCGUUAAACAAUUCAAGGUUGAAGGGCUCUAUGUUGUAUGCACAAUUGACAUAGUGAAGGAAUCUAGGUACAUCCAAGUUUUGAAGGUUUGGGACAUAUUGCCUUUAGAGGAGAUCUCGAAAUUGGUGAAAUGUCUUGAUAGCAUAAUUGCAAUGUACACCGAUGAUUUUAUCAAGCGCUGCAAAUGUCUUGAGGGGGACUUGGAAAUUCCAAAGAGUUGGGUGACCUCUUAUGACAAUGUCCGGUUUCAGAAUAUUUGCAACACUGAAUUUGGGAGUGAAUCAAGUGUUGCAGCUGUUGAUUGUAGAAGUUAUGUUGAGAAUUCAAAGGUUAGUGAAAGCUUGUUGCUGAUGAAAUUCUACUCAUUAUCAUCUGGUGUUGUGAGUCACCUGCUUUCUGGCUGCGAUGGUGGGGAACUGGAUCUCCCCUUUGAAGUAACAGAUCGGGAGCUGGAAAUUAUUCUCUUUAGUAAAAGCACCUUUAUAGUUGGACGGUCAGGCACUGGAAAAACUACUGUUUUGACCAUGAAAUUAUUUCAAAAGGAGCAACAACACCAUAUGUCUACAGAUGGAUUUUAUGUAGUUGAGAGCAGUGCCACUAAGAGUUCUAGCCAGAUAAACGAGUUUAGUGAGUGCAUCGGAGAGACUAAGGGAACUGCAUUUCGCCAGCUAUUGUUACACUUCGCCCAUGGUGGAAAUUUUUCAGCAGAAAACAGUUCAAUUAAUAUGGAUGAUAUGGAAGAAUUUAAAGAUAUCCCAGAUUCUUUUGUUGAAAUUCCUCCUAACAAAUAUCCUCUUUUCAUAACGUUUCAUAAGUUCUUAAUGAUGCUUGAUGGAACAUUGGGUAAUUCAUACUUUGAAAGAUUCAGUGAUUUAAGGGAAUUUUCUCAUCGUAAAACUGGAACUUCAAGAUCAGUUGCAUUGCAAACUUUCAUAAGAAUGAAGGAAGUUAACUAUGACAGGUUCUGUUCAUUUUACUGGCCGCAUUUCCAUACCAAGCUAAUAAAGAAGCUUGAUCCUGCUGUAGUGUUUACCGAGAUAAUUUCCCAUAUAAAAGGUGGCCUGCAAGCAGGGGGGACCCUUGAUGGUAAACUUAGUCGAGAAAAUUAUGUUUUACUCUCUGAGGGCCGGGUGUCCCCUUUGAGCAAGCAGAAGAGAGAGGUAAUCUAUGAUAUUUUUCAAGAUUAUGAAAAGAUGAAGAUGGAAAAAGGUGAAUUUGAUAUAGAUGAUUUAGUAAUUGAUCUUCAUCAUCGACUACAAAAGGAAAGGUUUGAGGGUGCUGAAAUGGAUUUUGUUUAUAUUGAUGAAGUGCAAGAUCUUACCAUGAGACAAAUUGCUCUUUUUAAACAUGUUUGCAGAAAUGUUGACGAGGGCUUUGUUUUUUCGGGUGAUACAGCACAAACUAUUGCAAGGGGGAUUGAUUUUAGAUUCCAAGAGAUACGACUAUUGUUCUACAAUGAUCUUAUAUAUGGUGAAGCACCAAUUUUACUUGAGUCUGGGAAUGAUGAAAGUGCAAUUGUUACUAUUUUUGGAAACAGUGGAAAUGCUGGUGGCAACAUUGUAGGAUUUGGUGCUGAGCAGGUCAUAUUAGUACGUGAUGAUCGUGCUAGGAAGGAAAUUUCUGACUUUGUGGGAAAGAAAGCCCUUGUUCUUACUAUAGUGGAGUGCAAGGGCCUAGAGUUUCAGCCACCUGUAAUGUGUUUGAGAGAAGCAAAAUUAUAG